CCUGUCCAUAAUUAUGCUCUUGUUGCAUAUGACCCUUCUGCUCUAGGAGCUGAUGGCGCCUCGGCAGUUCGUGCUGCGGAACUUCUACCUGAACCUAUGCUGCGUCGUGGAGAUGCCGUCUGUCUUGUGGGAUUAAGUAGGAGCCUGCAAACUACUUCAAGGAAAUCUGUUGUCACCAACCCUUAUGCUGCUUUGAAUAUUGGCUCUGCUGAUCGUCCGCACUACAGAGCAACCAACAUGGAAGCCAUUGAGCUUGAUACUGAUUUUGGUAGUACAUUUUCGGGUGUGCUAACCGAUGAGCAUGGCAGGGUUCAGGCUCUAUGGGGAAGCUUUUCCACACAGCUGAAAUAUAGAAGUAGUUCAUCAGAAGAUCAUCAAUUUGCCCGAGGCAUUCCAAUUUACACAAUCAGCCAAGUCCUUGACAAAAUAAUAUCUGGUGCAAAUGGACCAAAGCUUCUCAUAAAUGGUGUCAGAAGGCCAAUGCCACUUGUCAGGAUUUUAGAGGUUGAACUUUAUCCAACUUUGCUUUCCAAGGCACGUAGUUUUGGACUGAGUGACAAAUGGAUCCAGGUAAUUAUUAAAGGGUUGACCGUGCUUAUUAGACCAAAGGCUAAAUCUCCACCUCAAGAUGCUUUACUAAAACUGGAAACAGAGCAAACUUUCACUGAACUAUCUCAACAGAGCUCCAUGUUUGUUUUUAAGCUGGGUUUAGUUAAGCUCCAAUGCUGCCUCUUGAUGAAUGGGCUUGUUGUUGAUGCUAAUGAUACUUGCUCGAAUUUCUUGUUGCUUCUUCUUCCUCCAUAA